GCAGCUUGAAAGGAACGGGUCCCCUGAGCGGACGCCUGUGCGAAAAGAGGCGACGCGAGGCCAGGCAGGCAGGCAGGCAAGCAAGCAAGCGGGCGGGCUCAUCCUGAGAAGCAUCCUGAGGAGACCAUUGCCGCAAAGCGGAGCGGAGGCCGCCGGGCGCUUUUGCUCGUCCGCGCGCUCUUGUGGCGCCUCCGCCACUGCUGAGGGCGACUGGACAGGGCGACCCGCGCCGCCGGCGCCUCUGAGGCAAAGGGAGAGGCCGGAGCUUUUGGGGAGGAAGGAGCGGGCAGAGGAGGAAGAUGCUGGGAUGGUGAUCGCGUUGCCGGCGCCCCAGUGAGACGUGCAGAGUUUGGGGACAACUUGCAGUUUGGGUUCCCCCCCCCCCGGCAUCGAGACUUUCUGGAGAAAGGGGAUCGGUUGGUCUGCCGUGGUCGCGAUUAUAUCUGGGGCUCUUUGUCUAUGUCUUGUUGGGAGAUCUGGUGGAUUUUUCUCGCUCUCCUGGAGGAAGAAGCCGGUGCUGGCGGUUGGCUCCUUGGUCUUUGCUGGAGGGCAAGGGAAGAGAAGGGAUCUCGUUUGAGUUGCUGCGUGGAGGGAGAGCUUGGACAUGUGUCAGCACAUCUGGGGAAUACAGGCUGCAAGUCCGGAAGGAGAUUUCCUGGGAUUCGCAUUGAAACUGCGAUAUUGAUCUUUGUUGGUUUUUUUCGUCGAGGGAUGCACUUGGCAUGAGAAUCAGAGGAUGGAAAUUGUUUGGGAGGUGCUUUUUCUUCUGCAAGCCAAUUUCAUCGUCUGCAUUUCAGCUCAACAGAAUUCACCAAAAAUCCAUGAAGGCUGGUGGGCUUACAAAGAAGUGGUCCAGGGAAGUUUUGUGCCAGUUCCUUCCUUUUGGGGCUUGGUGAAUUCAGCCUGGAAUCUUUGCUCUGUUGGAAAACGGCAGUCCCCGGUCAAUAUAGAAACUAGUCAUAUGAUAUUCGACCCCUUCCUCACACCUCUUCGCAUAAACACUGGAGGCAGAAAGGUCAGUGGGACAAUGUACAAUACAGGGAGGCAUGUUUCUCUACGACUGGACAAAGAACAUCUGGUCAACAUCUCUGGAGGACCCAUGACAUAUAGCCACCGCUUGGAAGAGAUCCGGUUACACUUUGGCAGCGAAGACAGCCAGGGAUCGGAACACCUACUGAAUGGACAAGCUUUCUCUGGGGAGGUUCAACUAAUCCACUAUAACCAUGAAUUAUAUACAAAUGUUACAGAAGCUGCAAAAAGUCCCAAUGGCUUGGUGGUAGUUUCUAUAUUUAUGAAAGUAUCUGAAUCAUCAAAUGCAUUUCUAAAUCGUAUGCUUAACAGGGACACCAUAACAAGAAUAACGUAUAAAAAUGAUGCAUACUUACUGCAGGGACUUAAUAUCGAGGAACUUUAUCCCGAAACCUCUAGCUUCAUUACAUAUGAUGGGUCGAUGACAAUUCCGCCCUGCUAUGAAACAGCAAGUUGGAUCCUAAUGAACAAACCCGUCUACAUAACAAGGAUGCAGAUGCAUUCCUUACGGUUGCUCAGCCAGAAUCAGCCUUCACAAAUUUUUCUGAGUAUGAGUGACAACUUUAGACCAGUCCAGCCUCUCAACAACCGGUGUAUCCGAACAAACAUCAACUUUAGUUUACAGGGGAAAGAUUGCCCAAACAACAGAGCACAGAAACUACAGUAUAGAGUAAAUGAAUGGCUCCUCAAGUGAUGAACGGACAAGCAGGAAGAACUCAUAACCUCAGUGGAAUGCUACUACUGUGAAUUGACGUGAUCCAGAAUGCCCCAGCCUCAUUCAGUCUUCAGUCUUUGUACUUCAUAGAUGGCCCCCAUGCAGCUGUGCUCCAACAACAACAGCUGAAGGAUGCCAAGUUGGGACUUGAGCUAAUUGAAAUUUAUUCAUACAGUCGGUCAUAACAAACAAAAAGACAGUAUCUACCGUUAACAUGAUUAUACAAUUUUGAUACAGUUUUCCUGAAAUUACUAAAGAUCACAAAGAAAAGACUUUUCAGACUUUGUACAUAUGAAAUUCCUCCUCUCUCUCUCCAUUCUCCCUUCUUCCCGCUUCCAUCAUUCCCUUGCCCCAUUACAAAGAAAUGGUGGUUCACUACCGCAUCCAAGUGGAUUUGUGUCCUGUGUGCCAAGUAAUCCUUGGGAAGCUCUCAUUAUAUCACUCUCAUUACUGGUUACUGGCAAAGCAGAACUAGAAGAUUGUAAGGGAACUUACUUCUGGAUCAUGAUCCUUCUGUUUAUUUAAUAAUGGACAGAAACUGAGAUAGGUAUUGUAAAUAGAUCACUGAAGAAUAUAAAGGAAAUUGAAAUAUUUUCCCCUCAUCACAUAUCUGUAGUAGGAACUGCCAAGACUGGAAAUAAACCCAUUUUUUCUGUUUCUUGUUUUACAAAGGUCAUACAUUGUGUUUGGUUACUGUUAACAAUUCAAUAAAUGUGUUUAACAAAUUAAUUUA